AUGGACGGUGAUAACCCGGAUUUGACGGAAGAGAGAAUGAAGGGAACUUUCGAUACGGAUGAGAUGGCGGCGGUGAUUUAUGGAAGUGAGAAGUUUGCCAUUCGUCGCCGUGAAAUCACAGAAUCCAUCUCCCGUAUCCCUCAGCUCGCCGAUUCGAAACCCUUCUCAUUCAUGACUAGAGAAGAGAAAAUUUCGGAAUCAUGUCGGAAAUUAUCAGUUUUAAGUGAACACUGGAAUCAACUAAUCGAUACAAAUAAUGAGGAAGAGGCACUUCAUUUGUACAGAGAAGUUCUCGGUCUGGAAGGUCAUGCGUUUUCUCUUCACGAGACAAUGUUCAUCCCAUCAUUGGUAGCACAGGCUAAUGAUGAGCAACAGGAAAAAUGGUUGGGAAGAGCAAAGAGGAGAGAGAUAAUCGGAUGUUAUGCACAGACAGAGAUGGGUCAUGGCACCAACCUCCGCGCUCUUGAAACCACCGCCACUUACUAUCCCUCCACCCAGGAAUUCAUCCUCCAUACGCCCACAGAAACCGCCUUGAAAUGGUGGCCAGGAGCACUCGGAAAAAGCUCAAACUAUGCAGUUGUGGUGGCCGAUCUAGUCAUCAGGGACACCCACUAUGGCGCUCACCCUUUUAUGGUUCAACUAAGAGACGAGAAGACUCACAAUCCACUUCCAGGGAUUACUGUAGGAGAUAUUGGCCCGAAAAUGGCAUUCAACGGAGCGGAUAACGGAUUUCUGGGGUUCAAUCAGUAUAAGCUUCCUAGAGAUCACAUGUUGAUGAGGCAUUCAAGAGUAGAGGAAAAUGGAACCUAUACGAAACCACCACACGCCAAGAUAGGGUACUCCAGUAUGGUGAAGGUUAGGAGUAGGAUGGCUAUGGAUCAGGGAUUGUUCAUGGUUUCCGCCUUGGUGAUAGCAGUGAGGUACUCGGCGGUGAGGAGGCAGGGAUUCCUGGACGAUAAAUCCCGUGAAGUGAAAGUCCUCGACUACCAAACCCAACAACACCGUCUCUUCCCCUCGAUCGCCCGUGCCUACGCCUUCAUAUUCUGUGGAUUCGAAACAAUCCAACUGUACGAUCAAUUAUUGAUUGAUGUGAAGAAUGGAGACACGUCUGGUAUGAGUGAUCUACAUGCCCUCACUUCUGGUCUCAAAUCAGUGGUUACUUAUCAGACAGGAGAAGGAAUAGAGCAGGCGAGAAUGGCGUGUGGAGGCCAUGGUUACUCGAUGGCCAGCUAUAUCUCGGAAAUCUACGGUGUGGCAAUCGGAGGUUGUACCUAUGAAGGUGAGAACAUGGUGAUGCUCCUCCAGCUGGCCAGGUACCUAGUGAAAUCUGUGGAACUUGUAAAAACUGGGAAGUCGAAGGAGCUGGGACCUAUGAUGAAUUAUCUAGCAGAGCCUGAUACCCAAAUAGAUUUGACCUCCGGACCAGAAGCCUACGUAAAGGUGUUCCAACAUGCGGCAAGACGUCAGGCAUGGAAGGCCACAGACAAAUUUCAUCAGUUGAUGGAAUCGGGACAGUCAAGGGACAUUGCAUGGAACAACAGUGCGGUGGAGUUGACUAGGGCUUCCCGUCUCCACACACGUCUCUACAUAAUGGAGACAUUCAUCCGUCGAGUCUCCUCAAUUUCCGACGUUUCCAUCAAAAAAGUAUUGAUUGAUUUAGUGAAUGUACACGUGAAUUACGAGGUAUUGGAUAUCGGAACAUAUGCAUUGGAACAUGUGUCAUCUACUCAGUUGGAUUCAAUCAGAAGUCAAUUAUAUUCGAGUCUAGACACUCUGAGACCCAAUGCAGUGUCUCUAGUCGACUCAUUCCAGAUAUCUGAUAUGCAAUUGAGAUCUGUUCUCGGUCGUCGUGAUGGUCAUGUCUACCCGAAUCUCUUCGAAUGGGCGAAAGCAUCUCCAUUGAAUCAGACUCAUGUACUUCCAUCAGUCAAUCAAUAUUUGAAACCAAUGAUGGACAAAGCUAAAUUGUAA